UCUCUCUCUCUCUACAUCUCUCAUGCCUUAACUUUCCUUUCCUCCUUAUUUUUCAUUCUCUCACGCCACUCAUAAUCACACAACCAAACUCUACUGCAAAUCAAACAUGGCUGUUCUUCAAAACCCCAAUAACAAUAUCAUCUUUGUGUUAAUAUUUGUGUUAUGGGCUUGUGUUGUUGUUGAUGCUCGCUUUGUGGUGGAGAAGAACAGUAUCAGUGUUGUGUCACCUCACAAACUGAGGUCCAAGCAUGAUGGAGCCAUUGGAAACUUCGGAAUUCCUGACUAUGGAGGUUUCAUCAUUGGCUCUGUGACUUACCCAGAUCAACAAUACUCCUCUGGCUGCAAACCCUUCCCUGGUCACAAGCCCUUCAAGUCUCAGUCCUUUCGCCCCACUAUUGUCCUCCUUGAUCGUGGAGAGUGUUAUUUUACAUUGAAGGUAUGGCACGCUCAACUCGCCGGAGCUGCCGCAGUUCUCGUCGCAGACAGCAUCGACGAGCCUCUGAUCACCAUGGAUUCCCCCGAGGAGAGCUCCGAUGCCGACGGCUACAUUGAGAAAAUCAGCAUUCCCUCGGCUCUUAUCGAGAAAUCCUUCGGCGAUUCCUUGAAGGAAGCCCUAAAAAACAAGGAUGACGUUCUUAUAAGGCUAGAUUGGAGAGAAUCAGUGCCUCACCCAGAUAACAGAGUGGAGUAUGAAUUCUGGACUAACAGCAACGACGAGUGUGCCCGCUGCGAUGAACAGAUGGAUUUCGUCAAGAAUUUCAAGGGUCACGCUCAGAUUCUUGAGAGGGGGGGCUACACAUUGUUCACUCCUCACUAUAUAACUUGGUAUUGCCCCUCUGCUUUUGUUCAGAGCAGUCAGUGCAAGUCGCAGUGCAUCAACCACGGGAGGUAUUGUGCACCAGAUCCAGAAAAGGAUUUUGGAGAGGGUUAUCAAGGGAAAGAUGUAGUGUUUGAGAAUUUGAGGCAACUCUGUGUUCACAGGGUUGCCAAUGAGAGCAAUCGGUCCUGGGUUUGGUGGGAUUUUGUGACAGAUUUUCAUAUCAGAUGUUCUAUGAAGGAGAAGAGAUACAGCAAACAGUGUGCUGAGGACGUCAUGAAAUCAUUAGAUCUACCAAUCGAGAAAAUUCAAAAAUGCAUGGGUGAUCCUGAAGCUGAUGUGGAUAAUGAAGUGCUAAAGAUUGAGCAACAACUCCAGAUUGGGAAAGGAUCUCGUGGUGAUGUGACCAUCUUGCCAACAUUGGUUAUAAACAAUGUCCAAUAUCGAGGAAAAUUGGAGAGAGUAGCAGUGCUGAAGGCUAUAUGUGCAGGAUUUAAAGAGACUACUGAGCCUGCAGUCUGUUUAACUGGAGAUCUUGAGACUAAUGAAUGUCUUGAAAGGAAUGGAGGAUGUUGGGAGGACAAAUAUGCAAAUGUCACUGCUUGCAGGGAUACCUUCAGGGGAAGAGUUUGUGAGUGCCCCAUUGUAAGAGGUGUUCAUUUUAGAGGUGAUGGUUAUACAUCUUGUGAAGCUUAUGGUCCUUUAAGGUGUUCAAUAAAUAGUGGAGGCUGUUGGUCAGAGACUAGAAAGGGAAUAACUCAUUCAGCUUGCUCAGAAUACAAGAUAGAAGGUUGUCAGUGCCCGGUGGGCUUUCAUGGUGAUGGUAGAAAAUGUGAAGAUAUCGAUGAAUGCAAAGAACGAAGUGCAUGUCGAUGUGAUGGUUGCAGCUGCAAAAACACAUGGGGUGGUUAUGAUUGCAAGUGCAAGGGUGACCUUGUGUAUAUAAAAGAACGAGAUGUUUGUAUUGAAAGAAGUGGAUCAAGAUUUGGACGGUUCCUUGUCUUCAUGCUUCUGGCGGUUGUUUUAGGCGCUGGCAUGGCUGGUUAUGUAUUCUACAAAUACAGGCUCCGGUCUUACAUGGACUCGGAGAUCAUGGCAAUUAUGUCACAGUACAUGCCACUGGACCAACAGAGUAAUGAAGCACAUAAUGAAGCUCAACCUCUGCGACAAUCCUCAGCAUAAGAUAUUCAUCUCCUCUGGCCUGCUUCAUGAAAAACAAUCUACUUAUGGAGCCACCAGUCCUGCAGAUAAAUCAAUAUCCACUGAAGAAUCCACGUGAAAGGUGAAUUGUGAGGAGCAUUAUAUAGCCGGAAACAUUUAGAACUAUUGAAGAAGAUAAUGCUUUUCUUACAAAAUACUCGUGUAGGAUUAAUCACGGGAACUAUUGAAUACAGAUUUUUUUCCCCCCUUCAUAGGACCCUUUUUAUAGUUUGUAAAUAGAACAGUUGAGAUGUAAGUGUAUGGCUGAGUUAUUUUCUGCGCUAUACGCGAUUGGCUU